CGGCCGCCUAUUACUUUGAUCAAUCACUGCAGCUGUGAUUGCUGUCAUUUGCGACUCACUUAAGCGACUUCAUCGUACGCGACACCUUGUGCUUCUUUAUCUUCAACCUAAAUAUUUCUUCGUACCUCUGACGUUCGAGACACGAGUGACCACCGAUCCAUCCUUCAGUCCUUGGGAAAGCUUCUUUUUCUCUGCGCGAUUCCAUUAUGACCAAAAAGAAGCGCCACCACCCAGACGUCGAAGAGGUCCUCUCGAGGCCAUGGUGCUACUACUGUGAGCGUGACUUUGAUGAUUUGAAGAUCUUGAUCAACCAUCAGAAAGCGAAGCAUUUCAAAUGCGAGAGAUGCGGACGACGGCUGAAUACAGCUGGAGGCCUCAGCGUCCACAUGAGUCAAGUGCACAAGGAAAACCUCACUGCCGUCGACAAUGCCCUCCCUAAUCGCGCCGGAUUGGAUAUUGAAAUUUUUGGCAUGGAGGGAAUUCCAGAAGACAUUGUCCAGCAGCACACGCAGCGAGUUUUGACAAAUUUUCACCAAAGCCAAGCCGAGCGUCAAGGUGCCGGUGGAUCUGGUGUGCCAGGCGGCUCGAACCCCAACGCUCCCAAGAAGCCCAAGGUCGAGUCGGUGUCGGAUAUCAAGAAGCGGCUCGCUGAACACAAAGCUGCAAAGCUUGCCGCAGAAAAGGACAACGGUGGAAGCAGUGCAGGCUCAACACCGUCUGCUGCACCUCCUGCACAGGUCCAGCAACCAAGUCAAGCCCAAGCCCCUGCUGCCGGCUCCCCUGUCUAUCCUAGUUAUCAGCAGUCGUAUGCAGCGCCUCCCACAAACGGUUCGUACAACCAAGUUCCUCCUUUCGCCCAACCACCAGCUGUUACUGCUUCUUACCAAGCACCUACGUAUGCCACUGCUGGCUCUCCGCCUCAUGGGGGAGGUUAUGGUCAAGCUGCGUCUCCUCAGCCUGGACAGCCAGGCUAUGGUCAAGUUCCUCCGAUAUCGUACCCAGCACAGCCUUAUGCUCAACCACCGCCCGCUGGAUAUCCUGUCCAGCCGGCCUUUUCGCCACCACCGUAUCAGUACCCUGUUCAGCCGUUCCCAGGGCAAGCUGGAGCCCCGCGUCCUUUUGGCGCGGGUUCGCCGCCUCCAGGAUUUGCUCAAGCACCUCCAGGCCAUCUACCACAGCGAGCUAUUUCUCCUGCCACCAACCCUAACUUCCCUGCACCGGUACGUACAGGCAGUGUAAGUCUACCUAGUGCUCCAGGAUUACCACAGAGACCAGCAUUUGGGGCUCCACCUGUCAGUGCUUCUCAAUUUCACCAGAUGCAUCAAGGUCAGAUACCUCUUCCACAAGCUCCUCAUGUUGUUCCACAGUAUCCUCCGCAACAGCCAUCGGUCGGAGUUCCUCACCCACCUCCACAGUCCCAGAUUCCUGCACCCUUCAAUGGGGAUGAGUCUUUAGACGACCUGAUCAAGGGCGCUCGAGAUCAAGCCGAUGCCAAUGGUGUAUCGUCAUCAGCAGCAGUUUCUGCAAUUACAAUACCUGCCCCAACCGCGGCUCCGGCUCCUGAGGCACCGUCUGCAACCGCUGCCGCACCAGCCAAAGAGGAAGCCGGCGAAGACAAGGCUGCCAAGAAGGAAAAGGAAAAGGAGAAACCAAAGUCAACCAGGUUGGUGUACUCUGACAAUGAUACAAGCCCUGAAGAGAAAAUGGCAAUGCUGGCCAAGUACGCAUUUACUCCUGCACAGAAGACCAUCAUGGUAUAGAUCGGCUCGCAUGUUUUUUUUUAAAAACCUUUCAGCAUUACCGCCAUCAUCACAACGCUUCACACCAGGCCGGGUCUAGACGACACGCAUACCACUUCGGAAGAGCUUUUUUGCCAAAACCUGGUGCUGCCACGGCACCUCAGCUAAGUUCUCCUUCUGUGGCAUAUAUCUGAUUCUCUAUCGUCACUUGAUCCUCGGGCACCCAAAAAACCCCCCCACCUGCCUCGGUUUCAAGGCGGGACAGCGGAGCAGCAAAUUGGAAUGAAUGACUGAAAUGAAUGGCACCAAGCGAGUCAGGCGUUCUGGUGAGUUGAUAAACUAGGCUUUGAGGCGCAAAGGGUUAGAAUAAUUGGGCACUGUUUUCUUUCGUCGAAACCCCGACUCGCCGUCGUCUGCAGAUUGGAGCAACGUGAUGGAGUUGGUCCCUAUCCAGAGAGUUGAAAGAGGGGAGAGGGAUGCAAAGGACGGGCGCCAAGGCAGCAACCACCUUUGUUUUUUCUCUCUCUUGAAAGGAAAAACAAAGUGAUACCAAGGGCUGCUUGCUUGUAAGUGCAAGAUGGUUGGUGUCUUCCUCCUUUUUUUCCCCCUCCGAUCGUCCAACACAACACUCUCUUCCACAGUGGUGUGUUUUUAAUGCAAAUAAAUUUCCCUUCACGCCUUGCGCUUUGGAACGUGUCUAGUGUGUGUAUACCUACAACGUGAUGAACCGUCAAGGAGGUGAUGAUACGAGAGGACAUGCACUGGACAAGUUUAUACUCGGUACUAGCCAUUCCGUAUGUUCCCACGCUAUGCUAUCUAAUAUCUACCUGGCUACCUACUUGUGGAGGGCGUGGACCUACGUCUCUCCCCUCGUGGGAAUGAGGAAACGCAGGGUCGGGUUGGUUUUUGAAACCGAGAAGAGAAGGAGAAAAAGAAAGAGAAAACUACCUAAACUUUCAUCUACCGUCCCGGUCACGGACUCGCUCCCGCGGAUUCGCCUUGUGGAAGAAGGGGGGGGGAAAAGACCGGCGGACCCCUUUUCGUCUUCUUCAUCUUCCUCCAAGAAGGGGGGGGAUACGCUCAAACCUCGACGAAUGCGUGCUUGAGAAGUUUGGUUCGAUUCUCGCUUCGUGGUUCCGUCGCAGGGUCGACCAAUUUUCGACAAGUUGAGAAUGCCAUCGUCAUGCAUCUUGAGUGCUUUGUUCCCCCCGCAGACCGCUCGAGUGUCUCUCAACUCGACGGUUGAAUUUGCAAGUGCCACGUCCUGGAGGAGGUGUCACGCGAGACACAAAACGAUCCCUUUGUUGCACGGCCACGAAAUCCCGCUCCUCCUCUCUCCCCUUAUCAGGGUCGUCAUCGUAAAUUCAUAAAACUCCCAUUUUAAUUCCUAUAAAUCGGCGGCUGUUGUGGGACUCUCGAGGGGUGGAUGAACGAGUCCGGUUCAACGUCAUGCAUGAGGCCUUGUUGUCGCUCAACCCACGCCAAAAAAAAAACAGCCACGGGCCUGAUCAAGAUCCCAGG